UGGUUUUCGGCCCUUUUUCCUCUUCGUCACUCAGGGGUGGGGGUGGUUUAUCUUGAAAACUGACAUAUUUUCACCACAACUUCCCUCUUGUCGGCCUCUGAUGUGCUUUUCACAUCUGUUCACUGAAAGUCUUCUUUGGAGGUGUGCGUCCCGUGAGGUUGUACGCAGAAGCAAAGCCAAGUUUUUAUGAUGAUGAUGAUGAAGGUGGGGUUGCCCUUCUCUCUUCUUUCUAUUUGGCUCAGCUUCGGCAGUGCUGAUGCGAUGAGUUUGAAAGAGCCGCAAAUAUGCUACAUCUUGGACGCGGUUCUGUUCAUCUAUGGGAUCGUUCUCACUGUCCUGUACUGCAGAAUGAAGAUGCGAAGUAAACAAGCAGAAAAAUAUUCAGGGAAGAAAGAUGCCGGCGAAGGGGUUUAUGAGGGUCUCAAGCCUCACGAUCAGGACACAUAUGAGACCAUCAAAAUGAAAAAAGGAAAACAAUGAGACUCGAGGCAAAAGGAGGAAAGCAAGUUUCUGGACUUAAUAGCACUGUCAUUUUAAGCAUGUCCCUACUGUAAAUAAGCUCUUAAAAGAAUAUUUUGUUUAUACUGAAAUAACUUUUGGUAAUCACUUACGUCAGGCUUUUUGUUUGCUAUUUGUUUGGCAGGCAGACACCAAUAAUCAAACCGAAUGCAAAAGGAACGUAUUUUUGUGUGGUUAUUCUAUUUGUUUGAUAGUUUAAAUGGUUUAGUUUUUAAAUUUUGAUGAAUGUGUUUUUGUUUGCCUUUAAACUACAUUUUAAGCUUCUAACAUGUAUACCACAGCUACAUGUCACCAUUUUUCGAGGCUAACUUCCUGCUCUAGCUUCAACAUGCCACCAACACCACAGAGUCCGAGUCAUUUCCUGUUUUAAAGAGUACAUGAGUGGUCUGACAAAAAGUGCAUCUGACUUUGACCACAGGUGUGAGAGAUGGAAACUGAGCUGUGUUUGGUUGUAUAUGUGUGUAGGCCUUUUCUUUCCAUUGGUUUAAUAAGCACUCAUAUUGUUUUGCUGUGUGGCAAAAAUAGUUUUUUUUCUGCUACAUGUUGCAUUUGAGAAAACGACUAUGAAAAAAAAAAAGAUAUACCAUUGA